CCCUCAGGUCGUCACUGCCGGACGCCAGGCGCGUGCCCGACGGGUUGAAGUGCAGCGUGUUGACGCAGCCGGAGUGCUUCUCCAGCCGGCCCUGCAGCUCCAGCCUCUGCACCAAGCCGCGGGCGCCACACACCCGCCGCACGAACUGCGGCGCAUCCCGGCCGAUCUCCCUGGAGCGCAGCGAGGGGAUGGCGCGCCACGCGGGACCGCGCAAGUCCCGCAGCUCAGCACCGAGCCACGCCUCCAUCGCCUCGUUGUCGUUGUCUUCGUCGUCGUUGUCGUCCUCCUCGUCUUUCUGUUCCUCCUCGUCCGAGCUGGAGGAGUGGGUGGUGUUGUUGCCGCCGCCGCAAGGUCUGUUCCUCUUCCUGCCGGCCCGUCUUCCACUUUCCUUCUCCUUCGCCCCGUCUCGUCCAUCUCCUUCGCUCUCUCGCUCACCGUCCUCAGUCAGGGAGUAGAGGCCGCUGCCAUCCAUGCUAUCCGUGUCUUCAUCAUCCACCUCUCCAUCUUGGCUCGCCUUCAGCUCGCUUUUCUCCGACACGUUCUUGUCUCCGGAUGCUUCUCCUGUGUCUUUUUUUAAGGGGACACCAAGAAGACAACAAUUAGAUUAAUGCUGGCAAACUGAGAAGUUAGACAUUUCAGACUUUUGGUAAAUUGGUGCAAGAUGUUAGCCCCCCCCUCCUAAGGACAUUAUGGGACUAUUAUGGGACGGUGUAAUCCAACACACUAGCCAAAUAGACUGGACUCCCUUCACAUUCUUCUUUUGUUAUUGUUGCUUUAGCCAGAAGAGACACGUGUAUGUGUACCACCUGCGCCAUUUACGACUCUAUGGUUAUAAUCACACCUAUACUUGCUACGGGCGCCACAAUAGAUAGGUAGAUGACAUUUACUACAAUUUGCACCUUGAGUUUCUAGGAUAUUUUCUACCUUGCACCAUCACAUAGUUAGCAUGCACACAGCCUUUAGCAGCACAGAUUGUUUUUGUUUUUUAACCUUCUUUGCUUCCGCAGGCAUCCUCGUCUUUGUGUUUAUCAUCCCCUGCUCCCCCCUCUCCAGAAGGCCCUGCAAAGAACACACACCUGUCAGAAAAAAACACCCCCCAACAAAAGAUGCUGACUGCGGUUCAAUACCAUUGACCAAGGUGGAUUUGCCAUCAGGUUCCGCCAUCAUGUCUGUUUGUGUGCUCCUCGUCUCCACCAAGGUGAGUCUGUCAAACACACCAAAAACGCGAGUCAUUGCAACUUGCAAACUAGUCAACUCUAAAAGUUACUGUUUUUCAUUCAAAGACAUGCAUAUGCCGCCUGUCAGGUCAUCGAACCGCCACGCUCAUGUGCAGAAUUCCCCCCACAGACGCUUUAUGACGGCAUACUGAAAACAACAGUUUUAAACUGACGCGCAGGCCUGUUUUGGUGGCAUUCCUGCACUAGUCUCCCGUCCCCCCACAAACGCCGACAACAGCACAACGGUAUGGCAAUAACGUGACAAGGUAGCAUAUGCAAGGUUAGCGAAUAUCAACAGCUGGCAUUUGUUGUUGCUAAACACCUGUUUGGUCUCACACCCGCAAGAUAGCGCGGCUAACUAGCUAGCUCAACUCGCAGGCCCGGCCCGGCGCUCGGCACUUCUUUAGCUCAGUCCUAAUCUUUUAUUUUUGUGGCUUUGCUUUCGUCGCCGCCCAGCAAAUGCCUCUAGCGGGCAGACCGUGACGGAAAAAGACGCCACAUUGUUGACGGCGAGCGUCAGCGUCGCAGCAGCGAGAAGAAGAAACAAGGUUGACUGCUCUGUUUAUGUUUUGACGGUUUGAGCUGCUGCUUCUUUUUUUGGGCAAACUUCCGGUGACGUAUAGCGCCUUAAAAAAAAAAAGCAGCAGCAGCACCGCCGAAAAUAAGACUUCACUCUCAUUUCCUUUGGUCUUUAUUAAAUACACACUAUAUCCCAACGCUAGGUACACCACCUGAAUUAAAUGAGGAUUAUUAAUAUUGUUUGACAGUUCUGCUUCUUGUAGUGGUAUGUCGUCUUUCGCUGGUAUUAUCGAGUUUAUGUGGGUCCCACAAAUAGUACCGGGGAGAAACAGGUGGGCUAAAAAUAACAUUUUCCUGCAACUUUCAGCAACGUUUAUUUUUUUAGUCACCAUUCUGUAUAAUAUUUGUUAAAAUAUAAUGCGUUGAACAUGUCGUGUAUAUAACAGUUGUACCUCUUGUUCUACUUCCGCUGACACCAUCGAGUGAGUGCCGGAAUCAGCUGGGGACUUAUUUUUUCAACCAGGCUUAAUCAUACGUUAACUUUAAAGGCUCUGUUAUCUCGUUGUCCAAAACUCUGUUAACUUUAACUGUCUGCUAACCUUACAUUGUAGUGCCAGGGGGUUUGUACAUAAAUCACCCCGGAACUAUUAGUGUAAAGGGUGUUGCCACCCGGAGUGUGCGUCGAAUUGGAACCUUCUUGCUGCAAUUACGUUGUGCAAGAAAAUAAACAAUAAGAACACCUGUUUUCAUGGAAUAAUCGUACAUUGAGCCAUUUGAGGCUAUACUAGAUUGUAUAUUUAUGAACUUGCAAUUUGAGGCGAUAGUUCUAUUGUUGUUAAAGCUUUCCAGGGGAAUUGUAAGUAUAGUGUCUUUUUUAAAUUAUUCUGUUUUAAUUUAUUCCACCCACGGCCCGCCUCCGGGUACGCCCACUCCGCCGUGAUUGGUCACACGCCCAAAGUGCUUCCUAACUAUGAACAUAUAAGGAAGUCCGCCCCUCUGUGACAUCACAAAGGAGCAGUUUUACCAGGCCUUUUGAAACCGAGCGUUUGUAGCCAUCCCAAACUUCUGUCAGGGCUCACUUGCCAAUGUGCAAACCCAUCUUUGGCAUAGUUUCACACCAGAAUACAACAUUCUAACGACAUUUAUAGGGCAGAAAAGUGGAAAAAGCAUCAUAGGUCCCCUUUUGAAGAAGUUACAGCAGAUUUUAUAGCAGGUAAUAGUGCCUUUAGUGCCCACAACAGGCUCCAGCUAUCCUACAACUCCAGUGAAGAUAAGAUGAGAUUUAUUUACAUUACGCAAUAGAAAAUUUUAGUUCUAAAACACUUUAAUUGAUAAAUAUAGUUGGCACACGUUCACUAAUUAUCCAUUGGGAAUUAAAUGAAUACAAGUAUGUAAUACUACAUCAGCUUUAUUUCCAUCACUCUGUUAAAAAGUACAGAAAUAGUACACAGAAGCUGACAUAUGAGUGAGAAAAUGGCAAAUAUUAUACGACACAUUUUUUUUGGUGUUUAAAAUGCAGGUUACAAUUUCCAGUGUUACGUCCAGGCCAGUAAUGCUAAAACUUGUGGUGGGCUCAUCCGGUGUGAAACAGCAUGGGAUACGUCAGCUUCCUUCCUGUGUUUAUGUCUUGCUCUUAAUGAUGGGGGGGGUGUCCGUCUGUAUUUUCUCUCUUUCUUUGCUGACUGGAAGUGAAGUAGAUACUCCAUAUUGCAUCCCAACGGGACGGGGAUCAUGUCGAAUUUGAUGCGUAUUAGCCAUGUUUGGCCAUGUCAACAAUUUGAUCUUUUUAACCAGUGAUGUGAUUAUUAUCAUCAUUAUUUACACACAGAAGCCAGUCAAGCCUGUAAUUUGCAGCAAGAACAGCAGAUGGUGCUGUUCAUUAAAUUUAACGCCGCCAGGAAGAUUUUUUAAUUACAUUUUAAUCAAAGUUCACACUGUCCAUGCCACUCUAUGGUACAUAAUGAUUUAAAUGAUCAAAAAAAUCUGAACUAUCCCUUUAACACCGGACAAAACACAGACAUGCCGCUAACAGCCCCUUUUAAUAAUGUUAUUAUUAUUAUUAAUAGUACACCUAUGAUGCUUUUCAACUUUUCUGACCUAUAAAUGUUAGAAUGUUGGUCUCGUGUUAAACCAUGCCAAAGUUUCAGAUAAUGAGUUUUAUGCAUUUGGAAGUGAGCUGUGAAAGAAGUUUAGGAUGAUACUAAACGUUGACAUCACAAGGAGCCGUGCGUCCCUAUAUGGGCAUGCCCUGUUAGCCAGAUAUACUGUAGGACUGCCCUGGAAUGAAUGGAUGAAUGGAUGAACGACAGUAUUCACUGCGGACCAGGACUAGUUUUACGUUUGACGCGGACCAUCUGUGUGUAAAUGUCACUUGAAGUAAGAAGGGGGAAGUCCUCGCAGUCACAGGAAGCCACAGGAAGCUUUGCCCACUUAAGCGGACUUAAAUUGCUCCAGUUGUGCAGCUCCUCCCCCUCUAUUAAGGCCGCUGCUCCCUUCAGGGACACGUCUCUCAGCAUGUUGUGGACGCCACAUCUUGGAGUGUCAACUUUUGCUUUUGCAUUUGAGUGACCAGGACCGUCAUGGAAUACUGGAGGCAGUGCGCCCUGUGGCUGAUCGGCUGCAAGGUGCUUCCGCUCAACCAUCGCGUCACUGCCGACUCUGCUCAGGUGUUCGACCUGGCGCAAACGCUGCGGGACGGCGUGCUGCUAUGUCAGCUGCUCAACAACCUGAGAGCUCGCAGCAUCGACCUGAAGGAGAUCAACCUCAGGCCGCAGAUGUCUCAGUUCCUGUGCCUGAAGAACAUCCGCACCUUCUUGACGUGUUGCUGCAACGUGUUCGGCAUGAAGAAAAGCGAUCUGUUUGAGGCCUUCGACCUGUUUGACGUGCGGAACUUCGGAAAGGUCAUGGACACACUAUCCAAGCUCUCCUACACGGACAUAGCCCAACAAGGAGGAUUCAGGCCCUUUCCCGUAGAGGAAAGCCUCAAGGACGAGGACGUCUACGAUGACCUGGAAGACCUGAUUGAUGAAAACGCUACGGAGAAUGAAGACGACUUAUACGCGGCGGUGUACGGGCUGGAAGAAAUGUGUGAAGGUGGAGAGAUUUAUGAGGACCUCAUGAGGACUGAAGAGCAGAAGCAGGCCGAGCUGGACGUUCGUAGCUGCUGCCUCUCCGAGAUCAGACAGACGGAGGAGAAGUACACAGAGACGCUGGAAUCCAUCGAGAAGUAUUUUCUCAACCCUCUGAAGAUGUUCCUCUCCGUGGCGGAGAUAGACAAAGUGUUUGUCAACAUCCCAGACUUGGUGAAGGUUCAUCAGAACCUGAUGGUGGACAUUCGGGACUCCAUCCUCAACAAGAAUGCUUUGAACCUUUACCAGAUCUUCAUCAGCUACAAGGAAAGGUCUGCCAUGAACGCAUUCCAACUUCUCGUCCGUCUAAAACACCACACAUCUGGCCGUAGCAUUAGGUACACCCCCACCUCACUGUGCUGCCCCGUGCCUUGCAGGCUCCUCAUCUAUGGCGUCUACUGCAGCCGCGUGGAGGUCGCCAUCGCAGUCCUGGACCUCAUCUGCAAGGAGAAGGAAGAUGUUCGCCUCAAGUUGGAGGAGUGUUCCAAGAGGGCCAACAAUGGCAAGUUUGCCCUGAGGGACCUGCUGGUGGUCCCCAUGCAGAGGGUCCUCAAGUACCACCUUCUCCUUCAGGAGCUGGUCAAGCACACUCCCGACGCUGCGGAGAAGAGCAACCUAAAAACGGCGCUGGAUGCGAUGAAAGACUUGGCUCAGUUUGUCAACGAGCUGAAGAGAGAUAACGAGACUCUGCGGGAGAUGGACCAGUACCAGCGCUGCAUCGAGAACCUGAACCAGCCUCUGAUUGGCUACGGGCGUCCAAGAGGAGACGGGGAAGUCCGCGUGGUGUCCAACGUUGACAAGCGGAAACAGGACAGACACAUAUUUCUGUUUGACGUGGCCGCCGUGCUCUGCAAGCGACGCGGCGACAACUACGAGAUGAAGGACGUCCUCGACCUCAACGCCUUCAAGGUCACAGACAACCCCAACUCGGACAAGGAGGGCAAGAAGUGGUGUUCCAGCUUCUAUGUGACGCACCAGCAGGGCCACACCGGCUUUGAGCUCUUCUUCAAGACCAGAGAGCUGAAGAAGAAAUGGCUGGACCAGUUUGAAGCGGCCGUCUCCAACAUCCGACCUGAACUGGCCAACCACAACGGCCACCAGUUCAAGAUGCACACCUUUGAAAGAAUCCUUUCAUGCAGCUUCUGCCACCUCUUGCUGAGGGGCAUCUUCAACCAGGGCUACCUGUGCUUCAGAUGCGGACUGGCGGUCCACAAGGAGUGUUUGGGUCAGCUGGGACUCUGCGGUAGGACAGACGCUUCCAAGCUGAGGUCCAAGGAGUCGACGACGCCAGGUGACCCAGGUCUGCCCAGGAUGCUGAUGAUCAGAGACUACCGAGGCGCCCCCUGGCCUCCGUGCGGCCCCCCGCUGUGCGCUCAUGCGGGCGACGUGAUCGAGCUGAUGUUCGCCGACCUGCACAGCUCCUGGUGGCAGGGCAAAAUCCUGGCAAGCGGCAAGACUGGCUUCUUUCCAAGCGACGCUGUGCGGCCUUGCCCGUGUCUUCCCAAGCCCGUAGAUUACUCUUCACAGCUCUGGUUUGCAGGCCCUAUGGAGAGGUUCCAGGCCGAGGUGGAGCUCCAGGACAGAGGAAACAGCACCUAUCUGGUCCGGAACAGGAGUAGAGAGUGUACAGAGUACGCCAUCAGUAUAAAGUUCAACGACAGAGUCAAGCACAUUAAGAUUCUGACCAAGGAUGGCUGCUUUUACAUCGCCGAGAGUCGACACUUCAAGACUGUGAUGGACUUGGUGGAGUACUACAAGCAGCACUCUUUAAAAGAAGGCUUCAGCAGUCUGGACACCACGCUGCGGGUCCCUUACCGGGAAUUCUCCAACGGAAGCUCGCCUUGGGCCAUUCCCAAGCCUGGCAGCGUUCCUCCCGAUGGUUGCAGCUUUGUUCCUCCCUCCUCCUCUCCUUUCUGGUCAGUGUUUUGUCCCAGGGUGGUGUCGGUGGCCGUGGCCCGCUACGAUUUCACUUCCAGAGACACGUGGGAGCUGCCGCUGCUGCGGGGAGAUGUGGUGAGCAUCCACAGCAAGACGUCCCACGGCUGGUGGAAGGGAGAGGUCGGGGGCAGGGUGGGCUGGUUUCCUUCCACCUACGUGGAAGAGGAGGACUGACUUUGGGAUGUCUCACCCAUGUGACCUCCUCAGCCUCUGCAGGGCGCCAGAUCGGUGCCGUCAUUUCCGUACGCCACAUAUGGCUGAGAGGGAACGUAAGAGGAAACGGCAUCUAGAACUUCCUCGCUACCCUCUGAUGGACGCCAAGCAUAUGUUGGAUCAUUCUGGAAGCAUCGCCGGACUUCACUCUUGCUACUUCGUCUUCUUCCUGGCGUCAUGGCUCACCUUGUCUGGAGUCGCCUUCGUUGGGAUUGCUGGAAGUCCAACGCAUGAAUAAAUGUAUUCAUAUUUCCAGGCAACGGCUCCGCCCAUGCAUUGAUCAAGUCUAACCAGACAGGAAGUGCCAAAUAUGGACUUGGUCACCUAUUUUGCUGCGAUAAUAAUAACUAUGGACUUUUCCAGGAAGGCUUGAUAGAGGAUUUGGGUAUUUUGGUUUUGUGAGAAGCCACCACAUUCUUCAUUUGGUUCACCCCAAACGUUUUUAGUGGUCUUCUUCCGCCUCAAACUCAUCCAAGCAUGCCUUUUAUGGACCUGGCUUUGGGCACUGGGAACAGAAAAGGGCCUUGACUACUCCGAGCCAACUCCUACGGUAUCAGACACAGGCCAACAGGCCCCAAGCCCCCAAGGCCCCAAGGCCCCAAGGCCCCAAGGCCCCAAGGCACACGCCCCACAUGUUUACUUGUUACAAGCUGUGUUGUCAUUUUUGUGUUGUCGCUCAAUUAAAGAGCCGCUUCCUUUUCGGCAAGCUAACGUUCCUCUGAGCGUCUCCUGAGGAGAUUCAAGGCACCCAGGCUGCAUUUAUACUAAACUUUGAAGUAGCGGGUCACAAAACGUGUGUUCCAUGGACCGCGGGUUUGAGACCCCUGCCUAAGAAUGCAAUUGGUGGCAUCAAUGGAGCAAUUUAGCACGUUGAACAACUCCAAAGAUCCCAUUUUGGAGGCUGCUGGAGUCGUCAUGUGUGGAAAGAAAUGAACUUUGACGACGUCGGCGUGAGGCGAUUGUAUGGCCUUUGAUGUUGAAGGUCUUGCGUCUUCAAAAAAAAAAGGAGCGCCAGAGGUGAGACGUUCCUCGGAUUUUGUGUUUGCCUGGAAUCUUCCACAAGGAAUGACUCAAGGCUGACGAAACACCCGUUCAUUGGAGAGUCCGGACCACCGGAAAAAGCACAAAGACCCUUUAGUCAUGCAGGAUAGUCAGGCUCCACUCGCCACACGGUGACACUUCCUUCAUCACACAGGAUCUUUUUGCAGUUGGUCCUUAAAAACAGUCGCAAGCCUGUCAUAUAGAGGAUCUUUGCAGUUCCAAUAACAGCAGACCACUCCAAUCAUUUGAAGGAUGAUUGACUUGUUAUUGUAGUGGGUGGGCGUACCCCUGGGGGUACAUCAAUUGCCGUAGGGGGUAUGUAGAAAAAAAAAGAAAAGCAAUUAGCUCUGAAUACUCAAAAUUAUGAGCACGCCUGAACGCCUCGCAGUGUGAGGAGACCGCAGCAAAAAGGAUAAGAACGGGGUAGUGGUUCUUUUAGGACACCAUGGAAAGAUUCCAUUCAGAUCAUUUACACUUCAUACUCAACAAGUGGGAUCCCUUGCUGGGACGUGGGGGGGGGGGAUUCACCCGGAAAUGAGGUUUGUAUUUUAGACACUAAUAAGAACGGGGUAGUGGUUCUUUUAGGACACCAUGGACAGAUUC